CUUCCUCCUUGCUUUCCAGGGCCCGAUCGAUGUAGCAGCGGAGGAGAAGGGUCGCUCUUCCUUCCUCGCUCGAUUUCUAACUUCGUCUUUGAUCAUGUUCCUGUGCUUGUGGAUCCGAUCGUGGCUUCACGACUACGAAAGGGUUCUGGCUCUCGCUGUCCGCCUAAUCUACAUCCAGAUUGGGUGCUCGAUUUUUGGAUCACUAGGUGCUCUUUUCAAUGGUCUUUUGCUGAUAGAUCUGGCGCUGGGUCUCUUCGCUCUGGUUGCUAUCGACAGGAGUAGCGAACGCCUCGGGCGGACGUACGCUGUACUUCUCAUUUGUGCUAUCAUCCUUGAUGUUCAGUGGUUCAUCCUUUUCUCCCGCAUAAUUUGGAAUGCUGAACCUGAGAAGUUUGGGGUGCCCUUUGUCUUCUCUGUGAAACUUACUAUGGCGAUGCAAAUUAUUGGCUUUUCGACAAGGUUUUUUUCAUUGUUCUUGUGGAUCCAGAUUUACAGAUUGGGGGCUUCCAAUGUCAUUUGUAGAGUCUCGCCUGAGGCAGUUGUUGAAGAUUGUGAAGCAGCUGAUGUGGGGUCUAGUUUAUGGAGUCCAAAACCUUACAAGACUUUGGAACAGUGCUCUGAUUCAAAUAUUAAUUCGGUUGAUUCCAUCUAUGACAAUCCAUUUUUGUGUACUUCAGAGAUCACUAAUAAAGUUGAUGAGAGGAACAAUCUGAGUCCUAAUUGUGAGACAUUGAGAAAAUGCUAUGAGUCCGACGAGGAUUUUGAGGAUUUUAUUUACGAUCCUACGCGUUUGCCUAUACUUUUUCAAGAGGCUAAGGAUGAAACGCGUCUCCAAAAAGCCAAGGAGAAGAUUUCAGCUUCGAACAACAGUUGCAUUAACGAACCAUUACAGGAAAGCGAAGCAUCACACCUUAACCUAUGUAGCAACAGGCAAGUCCGGAUCGUUCAGGUCGGCACUGCAGUGCCUCGGCCCUACAUCCCUUGACCCUCGAGGUACUUUUUCAUAGAGAGUUUUAUCGCCCUCUGAAGUUUUUUUCCGGGAGACGCAAAAAACUCCUAGUGCCAGAACUAGGAAUUGUACAGGUUCGUCGUCUUAGAAGUGAUCCAAGAUGAUUGUCGAUGGAUCAAUUUUCUUGGAAGCACAGAAUGCUCGAAUUAGAGAACUGAUAACAUUUCCAUGGAGGUAAAAGCUUUUUCAAUACUCUUAUAUAGCAUACAUUUGCCCAUUUAGAGGCUUCUUUCAACUGGUAGUGAUUAUGUUUCUUAGAGGAAAAUAUUUUUCUUGAAUUUCCUAACCAAAGUGUGGAUUCAUUAUGUCGAAUUGCGACUUGAUUUCUCUAUCCUGAAUCAUAUCAAAAGUUAUAUUUAGCU